AUAUUCAAAAACGUAUUUUGAGAUUUAAAACAAAGACCCAAUGUGGAAAGUCUACAACAUUUGUUAGGUGAAUGUCAUUAAGAUGACAGCUGUCAUGCUUAAUCGUUCUAUACGCUCUGUUUGUUUAUAUCCUGGAAUUUCUUUGCUAAAAUUUACAUAGUUUUCAUUACAUUUGUAAAAAUGCAGUCGGUUAUCGAGCCUGACAUAGGCUUCAAUGACAUGUGUCGAAUUUGUGCAAAAGUUGGAAAGAAUCUGGUUAGUUUAUUUCAUACAAAACGUAAAGAAAAAACGAUGGCAGACAUGAUGAUUUGUUUACAAAUGAAUGUCCAACAAAAUGAUGGAAAACCGCAAAAUAUUUGUAUGGGUUGUGUUCCAAAGCUAUUGAACACAUUCGAAUUUCUCAACACCAUGAAAAAUAGUGACCAGUACUUUCAGGAAAUGAUUUUAUUGGCGAAUGGUGUCCCGAACAAAUCAUCAAUUCAAAGUGGCGAAGCGCUAGUAACAACAGUGUUCGAUGGAAAUGUAGAAGAUCCAUUGGCAUCAGUUGUCGUUAAGAGUGAACACAUGGACGUGACGGAAAUUAAAGUCAAAAUAGAAGAACCAAUUCACAACGAAACGAUCGUUUUUGAUGAAAAUAAAGUAAUCCCCGUGUAUGGUGUUACAGAAGAACAGCCUCUCAUUAACAUUCCACCGAUUGCAGUUCAAUUGAAAACAAAACGUUCCAAAAAGUCAACAACACCGUCUGGUAACAAAGUAAAAUACUUCGAAUGUUUUAUUUGUCGCCGGGAGACUACUACGUUCAAUAGAUUAAAAACACAUAUGAAAAUACAUGAUGAUACGGUGAAGCCGUUUAAAUGUUAUGUUUGUUCCGAAAAAUUCCGAAUGAAAUACGAAUUGAAUAGGCAUUUAUGUCGCGGUGAAAGCAUUAAUUGUGAAUAUUGUGGAGAUGUCUUCAAUUCGACAUUGGGAAUCAUCGAACAUUUAGAAAUCCACAAAGAUACUUAUCUUUACUACAAAUGCCUAAAAUGUCCAAAGAAAUUUCAUAUGAAAGAGCUGAAUACUUGGCACGAUACAGAGCAUGAGCGAUUCCAGUUUGCUUGUGAAAUUUGUGGAAAAAGAUUUGCAACCAAAAGACUUAUCCUAAAUCAUCAAAAACGACAUCUGCAAGAAAGACCUCAUCUAUGUGCACAGUGCGGCAAAGGCUUCAAAGAUAAACAGACAUUAAAAAGACAUCUUAUUGUGCAUAGCGGUGAAAAGCCGUUUGUGUGUCCCGAAUGUCCGAGUAAAUUUCCAAGACGAGGAGCACUUACAAUACACAUGGCCGUUCACCGCGUUGAAAAACAUGUGUGUCAUUUAUGUGGAAAUAUAUAUAAAUCAUCUGUGUCGCUAAAUGCACAUCAAAUGAGACAUGGCGAACGGGAUAAGGCUUGCGAAAUAUGCCCAUUAAAGUUUCACACUGUGCACCGGCUGAUGAUACAUAUGCGAAAACAUACAGGCGAAAAACCAUUCAAAUGUACAUUUUGUGAAGUUGCAUACGCUCAAAAGAAUGACCUCGUAAAGCACCUGAGAACUCAUAUCGGAGAGAAUACAUACAUUUGCAGUAAUUGUGACAUGUCAUAUAGAUAUCAUGCCGACUGGCGAAAGCAUACACUAAUAUGCAAUCUCGCCGAGAAGCCACCAGUUGAUGAAACAACUUCAAUCCCAUCCACUUCAACAUCUGAUAAAAAUUUUCACCAAUAGUUUAAUCGUGUUAUG